ACCAAGGCCGCUUGGGACGCCGAAACUUCAUCGAUACCCUUCCUGCUCGACCGAAUGCUUUGAUCCACAACUCACAUUGGGUGUGUGCGUACGUCAACGUACAAUUUUUGUCUCGACCUACGACUGGGCAUUCCAAGCCCAAUUGUAUCUGGGAGUUCUCUCCAGCCGUUCGUUACUGCGAUCGCGUCUCGCUGGGUGGGAAGUUGGGGUUUCUGCUCUAUCUCUCCCCAGCAAUCUCAACUGGACAGUGGAGAUCCCUUUCUCGUCCAGUUCACACGCCGAAUUCCCUGGCCUCUUCUAGCAUUUAAGGAGGGCUAGAACACGAAUCUGGGCCGCAGUCAUGGGGCUGCUACAAAAUAUAACGAAGCGCAUGCCGUCGUCGGGAUUGCCCUCUCUGGACGACUUUUCGAAACGCAAGAACAGGAUAACACCAAGAUUGGCUUUCUUCAGACGGCGUAUACGGUUAAGGGGGAAUUCGUCUAUAUCCAUUCCCCUCGGUGUCGUGCUACUUUUCCCAUGUAUUGUCAUAAUAUUGAUCCUGGUGCUUUUCCUCCGACACCCAUCUUCCCCGGGCAGGAUAUUGAUGCCCGCGGGGGCACCACCCUCCAUUAGAAAAAUCAGCGAACAACAUGACAGGGUGUUCGCAACUGGCUGUUUAGAUCCUCACACCCAAAACAAGGGUGAGCGAGCAAAUGCAGCUUUCGUGGUCCUUGCGCGGAAUAAGGAACUCGAAGGGGUUAUUCAAUCCGUUAAAUCGAUAGAGCGUCAUUUCAAUCGCUGGUUCCACUACCCUUACGUCUUCCUCAACGAUGGAGAGUUCAACUCGACCUUCAAGGAGACUGUAAUGAAUUACACAAGUGCUCCAGUUGAAUUCGGCCAAAUUGACCCCAGCAUGUGGGGUUUCCCGGAGUGGACAGACGCCAAGGUUGCAAAAGAAGGAAUUGCCGUGCAGGGCGAUGCCGCAAUCAUGUACGGAGGCAUGGAAAGCUAUCAUCACAUGUGUAGAUUCUACUCUGGAUUUUUCUACAAGCACAAACUCCUAGAGAAGUAUGAGUGGUAUUGGCGUUUAGAGCCCGAAAUCAAAUAUUUCUGCGAUAUCACCUACGAUCCUUUCCAAUACAUGGCUAGUGCCAAUAAGACUUAUGGUUUCACCAUCGCCGUGAAAGAGCUCAAGGAAACGGUUCCCAAUAUCUUCCGCUACGCCUCCGCGUAUAAACGAAAGAAUAAUCUUCAGUCGAAGGGGCUCUGGGAGAUGUUCAUUGAGUCCCCUCCAGAGGAUCCAAAGCCUUUGCCCAAAGAUGAUCCUAAAUACAAGCCCCCGCUUCCCGACGAGUUGCGCAAGAUCGAGCCCAACGCCGGGGGUGUUAAUGAGGUGGAUCCGGAGACUAUGGAAGGAGAAAAAUAUAACAUGUGCCAUUUUUGGAGUAAUUUUGAAAUUGCUCGAUUGGACUGGUUCCGCAGCAAGGAAUACGAAGAAUUCUUUGACAUGAUGGACCGCAGCGGAGGAUUUUGGAUGGAGCGGUGGGGUGAUGCUCCUAUUCACUCACUAGCUGCUGGUGCCCUCCUGUCGCCAUCCGACAUUCAUUAUUUCCGGGACUUUGGUUAUCGUCACACAACCAUUCAGCACUGCCCGGCAAAUGCACCGUCGCGACAGCUUCCACGGGAACCGUUCCUGGAGAAGACUACAUCGGACGAGAAGAAACGGAGGGAAGAGGACGAAUAUUGGGAAUCGUGGGAUCCUGAAAAGGAGAACGGCGUUGGCUGCAGGUGCAGGUGCGACACAGAUAUUGUCGAUGUCGAAGGCAAGCAAGGGAGUUGCUUGGCGGAGUGGGUCGAGGUUGCGGGUGGUUGGGCGUCGCCUUGAGACCGUCAUUGUCUGUGGCAUUGCAUUUCACUUUUUAUAUUCUGUAUUAAUGGGCCUUUGUCGACGGAAGAAGCGCUCUGCACGUCGAUUCUUCAAUUUCUGCUUUUCUCCAUGUUCGUAGCGCCCCUUACAGGGCGGAUACCAUUGGCAGCAUGGUCUCUCAGCACUGGUUACGGUGAACUUCUUUUUAAUUCACAUGUUGUACAGAUAUAUUUUCAUUGAGAAAGACUGGUGGUUUUUUUUUGGAUGCUGUUCAAGAAUUAGAGUGUCAUUAUUAGACAUAAUAAAAAUAGAUAAAUCUGGGA